CAAAAUGGCAGAUCAAAUGGAGCAAGUUUUGAAAAUAUUGCAUCUUCUUCCCCAACUGAGUUUUAAUGUCAGUUAUUUGAUAWGUCACUUUUGACUUUGARUCUAAAYKCGGGCAUAUUUACUUAGAACGAAUGUCUUAACAAUUUCUGUGGCAAUAUAUAGUACCUUAAUAUUUUUUAUUGUUUGGUWAAAUUUUUAUGAUGAACUUUGAAAAAAAUGUCCAGAGGUAGRAACAACAUUUUUCACUUCCCAAAAGAGCGAGUUUCCAUUGGGGAUACUUUUCGAUGCCGAAAGUGUCGAACCUACUUAUUUUCGUUUGAAAAUCUUACGAUUUUCCACAAGAAAAUUGAGCCCGUCGAUCAGUGUUCGUCUUGGUAUUUGUCUUGUGAUGAUGGAGAUGGUGAAGAGAGUCUGUCAUGGAUUAAGGAGGCUAUAGAUGAGUCUAACUGGACAGAGGGAAAACUAUACUGCCCAAAAUGCUCCUCACGUAUUGGUGCAUUCAACAUUACUCAAGGUGUAAAAUGUAGUUGCUUUGCUUUUGUAAUCCCUGCAGUUUGGAUUCAAAAGUGUAAGGUAGACCAAGUAACAUUAGUGGAUUCAAAACCAAAUAUUAGACUUCCACCAGAAAAUCCCACAGAACCUGACAGYUACCAUGGAAAUAACAAUCAGCAUGGUAUCCAAACCAGUCAAACCAGUUCACAAACUGGACAAACUAGUAAUAGUGAUACUGGAAAGAAAGCAAAUGAAAGCCAUACCAUACAAACUCGGAAAACACGUUAUACUUAUGAUGAACAAACAAGUCAAACAGGAUUUUCAACUAUUUCAAAUGCUUCUGAAUCUUUCAAUUCUGAGUCAGAACAUUAUGGAUCAUGUACAUGUUUGUAUACAGGACAAACUAGUUCAAAACCAGCUAAUCCAGAAGUAGAUACCAAAGUACAUGCAGCAUCAAUUCAGGAUAGUUCACAAGCUUUGCAGUUAACUGGUUUUGAACAAGAACCAAACUUGUCAGGUUUKCAAUCAGAGGAUCCAGAGUCAUUACAGAUAUGGUCUAAUGUUCUAAGAAGUUAUAAAGCUUUCGAUGUCAAUCAAACUCAAAGUAUCCAUUCAUGUCAGUUCAUAUUAACAAACCAGAGUUUGAGAAGGAGACAGAAUCCAAGUCAAGACUUUGAAGUAUGCUCUGAAAGUAAUUCAAACGUCUAUGGAAGAAGCAAAAGAACACAACGACRUACAGAAAAUGGUGAUAUUUGUGAUGAGGAUUAUUCAGUGAGCCAUGUAGAAUCAGGYUCAGGCGAAAUUCAAAAUCAGAAAAAAGAGGAAGCAAGUGAAAUUCCAGAACACUUGAUCUGUCCAAUCUGUCUGGACUUACUGUAUGAACCACUUACCUCUCCUUGUGAUCAUGUAUUCUGUGAUUCAUGCCUAAGAAUCCUCAACUCCAAAUGCCGCAAGAGUGUUCCACGGUGCCCACUUUGUAGGAAAUCCUUGAAUUAUGUGUACCCUGCUGUUGAUCUGAGAGAAGAAAUUAGGAAAACAUUUUCUGAACUAUACAGAAAACGGCAUAGGGCAGAGCGACGAGCACCUCACAGAAGAUUGCCUCUUCCAAGUGGAAGACUGAAGUCUCGUAAAAAGAACACUGAUAAACUGCAGGAUGUUGCCAUGCCGUACAGUGUUCUAGUUUUCUUAGUGUGUGUGCUGGCUGUUUGUGUCUUGUGUUUGGUGAUUCUAUUUGUAUUCUGUCCCCCCUCUAGUAACCGUUGUGUAACUAUUAUAGGAUAUGAAUAAAUGUAUGACAUAAUAAACCUUC